UUGACAAAAACAAGUAAAAAAGGAAAAGCAUUAAAAACUCAUAUUAUUGAUGAUGUUAAAUCAUGUGUUGAAAAAUAUGAACGUAUAUUUUUAUUUUCUGUUCGUAAUAUGCGUAAUAAUAAAUUGAAAGAUUUACGUGAUGAUUGGGCUGAUAGUAGAUUUUUUUUUGGUAAAAAUAAAGUUGUUGCAUUGGGUUUUGGUACAAAGCCAGAAACUGAAAUUGCUGAUGGUAUUCAUAAAUUGUCAAAUGCAUUAAAAGGACAAUGUGGUUUAUUAUUUACAAAUAAAUCAAAGAAAAAAAUAUUAGGAUGGAUGGAACAGUAUGGUGAAGAAGAUUAUGCUAGAUCUGGUUUUGUUAUUAAUGAAACAAUUGAGUUACCAGCUGGACCAUUGAGUGAAUUUUCACAUGCUAUUGAACCACAUCUUCGUUCAUUGGGUAUGCCAACAGCUCUUGUCAAAGGUGUUGUUACACUUACACAAGAUUUUACUGUUUGUAAAAAAGGACAAACAUUGACACCAGAACAAGCAAGAAUAUUGAAAUUAUUUGGUAAACAAUUGGCAACAUUUCAAUUAAUACCACUUGGUUAUUAUUCAAAAAAAAAAGGAUACAUUCAACUUGCUGCUGAUGAUGAUAAUAAUCAAGAUGAAAAUGAAGUUGAAAAAAUGGAAGCUGAAGAUGAAAAUGAAACGUAAAUAAUUGUAUUAAUAAUUAUAAUAAAAAAAAAAAUAAAAAAAAUAAACUUUGUAUAUAUUUUACAAGCAAAAAUUUAUAAUUAUUUAUUUAUAUUUUUUUCUUUUCUUUGUUUUUAAAACUUAAAAACAAAAGAAAAUAUCUUUUUUUUUUUUUUAUGACAUUUAUUAUUUUUGAUAAAUUUUUUUACAACACAUACAUUAAAAUUGCAUUUUUUUUUAAUUUUUUUUUUUUUUCUUCAAAUUAAUUAUUGAGUAAUAAAUUAAUAUGAUUUAUGUUUACAUUGUGUUUAUAAUUUGCUUUAUAAUUUUCAUGACGUAUGGUCGUUACUUUGAUAAGUCAUCAACAAAUAUGAGUAAUAAAUUAAUGAAUAAUAAUUUACAAAUGACAAAACGUCAACGUAGUGCGACG